CGCAGUCGCUUCGAUCGCUCCGGAAACGUUCAGUUAAACCUUAUACGGUGAUCUAAACUAAUAAUUAAACAACGCAACAUGGAUAUCGGUACCAAGUCAAGUAAAGCCGCCUUCUCCAUUGAGAACAUAUUGAAGCAAAAGACAAGAAGUGCACGGAGUCCAGCUUUGGAGACACCCCAUCGAUCUCAGUCGCGCCGGGGCUCCUCUCAAAGCCCUGUGACGGGAACAGUCGGAAUACCAUCUCCACCUGCAUUAGCCAUACCCAAGGCAACACUGGCCACCGCCUCAUCCUCCGCCAAUCCUGCAUCCACCUCAAAUAUCUACGAUCUUUCCCGCGAGGCAGCUGCCGCUCAGUAUGCCCUCAAGAAUCUAAACUCCAGUGCCGUGCUGGCACCCACCUCUCUGCGCUUUAAUCCCAUCUAUCCAGAUCCCGCCUCGCUGUUCUACCAGCAGGUACUCAAUCUCCAGAAGAAUCCCUCGCUCUUCAUGCCACACUUCCAAGCAGCAGCAGUGGCAGCCGCAGCCGCCGUCCAACCAACAGCCUACUGUGAUCAAUACAGUCCAUUCGCGAUGGACUGCGAAGGAUUCCCAAAUCCAGCCACCGCUGCUGCUGCGCUCUACUGCAACGCUUAUCCGGCGGCUAGUUUCUACAUGUCAAACUUUGGAGUGAAGCGAAAAGGUGGCCAGAUCAGAUUCACCUCCCAGCAGACAAAAAAUCUCGAAGCUCGAUUCGCAAGCUCCAAAUAUCUGUCACCUGAAGAACGUCGGCACUUGGCACUUCAACUGAAACUGACUGAUCGCCAGGUGAAGACGUGGUUUCAGAACCGACGGGCCAAGUGGCGACGGGCCAAUCUCAGCAAGCGCAGUUCAUCCGCCCAAGGAGCAACAGCCACGGCAGGUUCACCCUCCUCCGCAUCGUCAAGCAGUGUUCCCAUCUUGAAUCUAGGCAGCGGUAGCAGGAAUGGCCAGCAAAGCGAUGAGGAGGAUCGUAUGUACCUGUCAGAGGAUGAUGAAGACGACGACGAAGAGGAGGAGGCGGAGGAGACCCCCAAGUGAAGCUCGAAGAUUGCCCACUUACUCAUAAGAUAGUUCAGCUUGUAGUUAGGUUAAAUAAAUUUAUUUCAAUAGA